GUUCCACUUGGUUUGCCACUGCGCGGCAGUGGCUUCAUCGGAUAAAGUCGUUGUUUGAUGCUGGUCGUGCCGGAUGCGUUAUAUCCCGCUGGCGUUUUGCGAAACGCAACCAUCGCUAGUGCUGCGAGUGUGUCGUACGCGACCAGUGUACUCGUAUUGUUUGUUGGAAAUCUUUUUUCCUGGAGCGCCAGAAUGUUACACCCACUGGUAGUGUGUCUUGUGGAGUGAUUUUUAAUUUUUAGUUUUUUUCACCAAGUGACGUUGAAGUGAAGAAAAAAAGUGUCUAAGACCCGGAACAACAACAUUCGGAAUGAUAACGUAAAAUGGCGAUGAAAAGUGUAAGAAAAAGAGAAGAGUGAUUUUUCAUUAACUUGUUCUGGAGUAAACCCUUUUUCCAGAUAAUAAGUGAUUAAGUGGUCUGAGUGAGUAAAGCAUACAUACGCACAGGUAGUGUGUAAAGGUGGGUGAAAAGUGUCCAAGAACGUGCCAUUAGAAACGUAGCAUUGUGAAGCACAAACCCGGCGGUAAAACGAGACUAAAUUGGUGCAGCUUUAGUUUUGAAACAAAGGAAAGCAAAGCAAGUGCCAGUCCCCCAAUCAUAGUUAAAGGAUCGAGUAAAACCUGCCCCUGGAGAGAGAGGAUAGUUGCAGCAGCCACACAAGGGUAUAAAUAUCGAGCGUCAACUGAGGAACAGCAUUCGGGCAUGACUUAGAAGGCGAACGCUGAGCGUAUACCAUUCACACACAAAAAAUAACGCAAGAUGGAAGAAUUUCUGGAGGCGAUUCAGUGUGGACAGUACGAGGUGGUACGGGCCGCACUCAAAAAUUCUGACCUAGAUCUAGACCACCAAGAUCCGGCGCGUGAAGGAAACAGUGCGUUGCAUCUUGCAACCAUCGCCAAACACAAUAAGACGCGCCUGAUCGAGUUGCUGAUCGAAGCAGGUGCAGAUUGCGAUCUCCGUAAUCAUGCCAAUCUUACACCAGCGGAGCUAGCCCUGGACAAUGGUUCACAGUACGUGGCGGAGUUUACAUUGUGCAAAGAGCUCGAUGCCGUACCGGACGAUCAGGCCCUUCGACGACUCAUCCGACGGGGCUCAGUAGAGCUGUUGAAGAUAUUUCUCGAAAAGCGAGCAUUUGACAUCCACACGAAGAUGAAACUGAUCGCAAACCUGCUGGACGAGCUGACCGUGAAAGGUGUUCCGAUAGAUCGUUCGAUGCGCGUCUUCCUGGAGUACGAGCUGAUCGCGCACAGCUAUGAAGAUGGGACCGAAGGCAGCGCUACCCGGGAGAGAAGGCUCGGUGCGUCCGGUGGCGCUAGCUCGAAACGAAAGGCCGACGGUAAAGUGCAAAGCAGCACGGGCGAAACAGAGGCUGAUAGGCGCAUAGAGUUAGUGCUAAGCUAUACCAAAUACUUGACCGAUCGGUACGACGAUGACAACCUGAACGAUCUGGACGAUGAGUUUGUGGUGCGCCUGCGGGCGAUCUGCGAGUGUUUGUACUAUCUGGAUGGGUUGGAUUGUUGUGCCCGGUCUGACUGGAAGCUGCUGAAGUUGAUUCCGCUCGGUGAGCUUGCCUAUCUUUGCAGUGUGUUACUGUCCAUCCUGGAGAAGAGCGUUGGUUUCGAGAUGUACAAGCUGGUGCUGAACAAGCACCAGAUCGUGUCGUUUCUGCGUGCGGUCAGUGCGGAGCUAGGGACGCUGGUGAAGGCGAGUACCCGUACCGUACGAACAGAUCGAUCGUUUCAAUGGACACCGCAGCUGUUGCUCGAUCUCAUCGUGUGCAUACGCGAGCAGAAGCUGUCACAAUACGUCGGCCGGAGGAGACGCGCCUGCGAGGAUCUACAGCGCAUCGCCACCAACACGUGUCCCCUCGGGGCAACCGAGCACGAUCGCGUGCUGGUGGAGCUGGGCCGCCGCGAGCUGAUCGCACUGCAGGACGGUGUUCUGGAACGCGGCACCAAAUGGGGUGUAGCGGACUAUGUCGCUUAUCUGCGCGACGAUCAUCCGCUGACGGUGGGGCAACUUUGGCACCGAUACCAUCCGAAGCUCCGCCUCUCGAAGCGACAGGUGGCGUACGCGGCGAGCAGGCGCGAACUGUUGUCAAAGAUUCGGGCCCGCCGGUUGGACGAGCUGAGCCGCAACAAGACGAAGCUGCUCGAGAGGGAGCUGGGUGCGCGCGAACUGCAAGGCUCCCCAUCGGCAAGGACAGUGCGCCGUCGGCAUCGUACCGUGUUCGGUCACAUUCGGCGCACGUACGAGCAGAUUUGGCAGAUGCACACGGUGAAGAAGAUUGCGUAUUACGUCGAGAAUGCGCUCGUCAUCGAUUUGGACGAUCGUUCGAACGCGACACUCUGUCUGAUGGCGAUCCAGCGGGUGAUGCAGUUUAUCGGUGAGGUUAGCAAGGAGUCCCAACAGCACCAGGCGACCUUUGCCCGCAUGUUGGCUAACCUGCUGGACCAUGUGCUAUCGCCACUGUGCUCAACCGCAACACUGACUGAUGCCGACGACCUGAGGGAAUCGUUUUCGGCGCGUUGUUCCGUGGGGAAGUAUUUCCUUCAUGAAACGCUCACAGGCGAACAGGUGAGAACGAUACAGGAACGAUUGAAAGCCGUGUAUCGGUUCUGUCUGUACGUCAUCAACAUUCAGCUGAUAGAGGCGUACAAGACGUUCCUCGGGACGGCGUAUCGGUUGCGCAAUACGAACCAGCUGCAAUCGUACGCACGGUACAUCGGAGAACAUAAUCUGCACACGCUAAGUCACAUCAAGUUCGAGCACGUGUUUUACGACGAGAAGGAGACGGCCCGUAUCGUGCAGGAGCUGAAGAAGAUGUAUCUUGGUAUGUCGAACGAGCUGAAGCUGCUGUCGUUCAUUGAGAAGAACAUUCAUUUCCGGUUCUAUCACAUGCAGUACCACCAAACGCGCCUACGGGUGACACUAUCGAACUUUGCCAUUGUUUAUCGAGCGUUGAAGGCGAAUCCGGACUAUGGGUGUGUACGGCGGUUGUUGCAUUCGUAUCUACAUCAGAGCUACCAGAAGUACGACAUCUCACGAUCGAUCUCGAUCUCCGAUGCAAACCUAGCGCUCAAGGAGCUGCUUCGACCGUACAGCAGUAUUAGCGAGAAUGAGGACACGUUGAAGGUGGUUCGCCAUCUGGAGGAGCUCCAACAUCUGAUGGACCCCGACCGUCUGUUUGGUAUUAAUCCGGUGCACCGUACUGGAGGACAUUCUUCGUUGGAAGCAGCUCGGUAUCAAAAGUUUACCCGUAAACUGUUGAAGGACAUGAACGCACCAACGUUGAACGAUGAAGAAUUUCAACAGCUGCACGAUAAGUUGUCCCGUACGUGCUAUGGAAACAUCUUUCUGGUGCAGCAGCGCUACCACACGUUGGAGGAGUUUUUCCGCACGAAAGGAGUUGCUUUGGACGAGACGGAUCUACUCACCCGUCGGGAAAGUGAUGAAGAAAUGUUGCAAGAACUGUUCGACUCGAAGGUGAACGAUGUGGUAGAAAUUCUGGAAAAGUUUGAAUGUACUGAUGUGCAGAAUUUGUGCGAGGUGAUUGAACAACUUCCGCCCGUGGUACAAUUUGCGCUGGAAUAUGGACUUCUUGAACUGCUCGAAAUUCUCACCUCAGUAAAUGCUAUCGGUUCAAACCGUUGGCACUCAUUGCAGUGCAGUACAGCCGUCUUGUGUGGUCAUAAUCUGAAAACGUUCCUUACGGGGGGACGAGAAUCGCAGGUGCUCGAAAGUCUGACGCUGAAAUCGAACGCUACCAUCUUCUUGAACGCGAUCAUCUUUAAGCAACGUUCGUACGAGCUUUAUGGAGGCAGAGUUGAUGGACGACACUGUAGCAAAUCGAAACUGAUGGUUUCAUGUUUCGCGGACAAAUUUGCCAAUCGGUUGCAAUGGCUCGAACAGCAACGCAUCCUGUACGAAACGAUCCGGACGGGUGAAGUGAAGGUGAGCACGUUACGCCGGCAGGUGCGCGAUGGUGUAGAGAUCGGUGGCCAACGGUUCGGUUCGUUGAUGCCCAACGAGAUGUGUCAUUAUGGUUUAAUCGAUUGUGCCAUAGCGGGUGAUUUCCGGGCAAUGAUCGAUCUGCUGACGGAGACUGACAGCACGGCUGAAUCUGGCGUAAGUUCGUCCGAACGGCAUCACCUCUUGCGGUACCUUUUGCGUCGUACAACAAAGUCACACUUCAUAGCGGAACCGUUGGAACGGAUGAAGCAGGAAGAUCGUCACACACUGGUGCUGUAUCUCUGUCUAUUCCUGGGCGAUGUUGCACUGUUCCGCCAACAGCUCGCUCGCUACAACGCAUACGACGAGCUGCAUCUUUUCGUUAACUCCGAAGAUCAUCGCUUCGUGCAGCAACUGUUGAGUGAACUGCCGGACUACGAUUGGAGUCGCACGGAUGCGAACGGGAUGACUAUCUUACAGAAGCUUGUGAACGCGGGUAAUCAGCCAGCUAUUGAGGAUCUUAUCAGGCGCAUGUCUCCCGAGCAAUUGAACUCGCUGUGUAGCAUGAAGUACACGGCACUGAAUCUAGCAGCUCGGUUAAAUCUCGUCGAGAUCGUCCGAGUUCUGGCGAGUGCCGGCAUAGACCUGAACGUGAUGAGUGAGGACGAGAAGCUGCCAGUGUUCUGGUUGAUCCAAUAUGGGAACUCACGCACCAUUGUACAACAAACGAUCGAUGCGGCAACUGAGCUGACCGCUUUCUCCAGCGAAUUGUGUCUGCUUCAUCGAGCGAUCGAGUACGACAAUGAGGAUGUGUUGCGGUACUUGAUCGAGGACUGUAAGGUGGAUCCAACACGCAUCUACUCGAACUGUAACAACGUUCUACAUGUGGCGGCCGGGUUCGAUCGGUGUCGCAUCAUGCGCUAUCUGCUCACGAUUCCAGGUCUCCGAAAGAUCGUCAACAACUGCAAUCUGGUAAAGAACAGUCCGCUUAAUGUGGCCUGCAAGGAGGGCUACAUCCGUUCGGCACGCGUCUUACUCGCGCAAGGUGGUGCCAGUACGGAAACGUGCGGAGAGUACGGGCUCAAUGCGCUCGCAUUUGCCAUGUACACGAACAACGUAAAGCUGGCGCGAUGUUUGUUCCGAUACGAUGCGACCAUCGGGAAUCCUCUCAGCUCGGACUUUCAACCAAUAAAUAUGGCGAUCCGGAACCGUAACAUUCGCAUGCUGGAACUGCUGUUGCGACGUGGCGUGGACGUGAAUAGUGCUCCACUGUGCUUUAUCAACGCGGUAUAUGCACACUCGCGGGACAUUGUUCAGCUGCUGAUCGGGCGUGGUGUUAAGCACGUGAACCAUCGGGACGAGUUUUGUCAGACGGCUCUGCAUCUUUGUGUGGAGCGGGAUGAGUAUGAAAUGGCGCGCGAUCUUAUCCGGUAUGGGGCACACAUAAAUGCCAAAAAUCGUUCGGGAAUGACACCUCUGCAUCUGGCAGUGCAGCGAGGCAAUGUGCGAUUGGUGCAGCUGCUGCUAGACCACAAAUGUUCGGUGGAUGAGCUAAACUAUCACGGCGAAACACCACUGAUCCGUGCAGUUGCUAGCAAUAACACGAAGCUCGUGAAGAUCCUGCUCAACAAUGGUGCUAGCAUUGAGCGACUACGGAACAGUGACCCACCGGUACUGCUUUAUCUGGUGCAGGAAAACCACGAGGAAAUUCUCGACUAUCUGCUCGAACACUACCAGUUCAAUGCGAACGAGCAGGAUACGUACGGUAACACACUGCUGUACGUCGCAACUCAGCACAACCAUAUCAACAUCGUGAAGCUGCUAGUGGACAAAUAUCACGCCAAGACGAACCCGACCAACCACAAGAAGCUAACACCACUCAUGAUCGCGCGCGUUAAAGAGUACAAGGAGAUCUUCCACUUUCUCGAGGCGCGUCUCGUGGAGGAGUAAAGGCGUUUAACUAAACUUCCGGUUUUAUUUAUUGCGUAGAGAUGCGGGAAAGAUUGGGUGUGUGGUUUUUCUUUAUUACCUUUAUAUUACGUACGCGUGGGCCACAAAUGUUUUUGUUUUAUAUUGCAUAAAAGGGAAGGGGAAGAUGAGGACAUUUAUUUAUUUGUAAUUUGCAUCACAGCGCGGUGGCUGUUUUUAUAGUUUCGCUUCAAGUAAGGGAUAUGUGCAAAACAAAACGGGACGGGAAGAGAUGUGCCAUAAAUGUAUUUUUUGUUUGUUUUUGUUUUGCUUCUGUUUUAUUCAUUCGGCUGUUCUUUGUGUAAUCCCCCUUUGCCCAGGUGGAAGCAAGCGUGAAUUUGUGCUCGAAAAAGGAAAAACAAAAACAUCUCGUUUGUCGUGUUUUGUAGGGAUAGUUUUGUAGCUCAAAUGUACGAAAUGUAAGAAUCUAAAAAUUAUCAUCCUAGAUGAAGCAGAGCUAGCGCAUAGUUUAAGCGUAGUUUCACGUGACUUAGAGACAGCGAGUUUGUGUGUGUGUCUGCAUGUGUUUUGUGUUUGAGUGUGAAUGUUAUUAAGAGAGAAAAGAGAGAGAGAGAGAGAGCUAGAGAUGAAAAGCGAGAAUCCCCAGUAGUAAAUGGUAAGAAGAGAUGAACGAUGAAUAUAGACGCUCUCUUUCCUCAUGUGUACUUAUCCAAAAGGGCAGUAAUGCACACAAACAGGCACACUUCAUUGUACAUAGUCGCAAGCUCAUUUACAUAGAAAAAGUGGGAAGAGAAAAGGAAUACAAAAAAGUGCAUGUAUAACGAAUACGACACUCUCUACACUCAGUUGCUGUCCUAGGACAUUCCAGGUGAUAGUGCAAAUUGUUUUUUAUGUUUUGUUUUGUUUUCUUUUCAUUAAGUUGAUUAAAACACGCUUAUCAUUCAAAACAAAAGCGAACUCACUUCACACCGGCAUAACACCACUGUUCCUUCUGUACCGUUUCAUUCGUUUUGUUCAGAUCAUCGUUAAUAUCGGUAGUGAAGCACUUUAGUUUUGCUUGUAAAAUAUAUAACAAUCUCGUAACGUGCGUGCGUGCGAGAAGGAGACGGCCAGCAGCGAUUAAUGUGUACUUCCCGUAUAUAUAUAACAUACAAUUAAAAAUAUGCCAUUUCUUUUGUAGUACGGUCGAAGGGUAGAAUGUAAAACCAUAUAUAAUGUGCCACACAGUCGCUUAGGUUUAGGGUUUCAACGGUUUUUUUUUUACUUUGUUGUGUGCCAAAUCCCGACAUCACCCGCCAUAGAAGAGAAACAUUUCCUUCUCGUUGUACAAAGUGACGCGGCCAUCUUGUGGGUGUUUUUUUUUAUUAUUGUUUUAAUUACGUAGACAUCGGUUUAGCGAGCAAUGGAAAUAAUCUUCCUGGUCGAUCUGUCUUUGUACCUUUUAGCCAAGUUUUUUAAUCAUAUUAUUUAGUGCAACAAUAGACAUACUGAAAGAGCAAGAACGAAUAGGAGAGAAAGAGAGAACGAAUUGGAGGGACACACAAUACGGAAUAUUUAUUGUAUAGACUAGAGACGCUGGGGUGCCUCCGGAGUGGUACAAGUGGCAACUAAAGGCAAUUUCCCAAAUGCUAUGUACUUAUCGGUCCCUUUCUGUUUGUUUUUUUUUUUGUUUUGAAAUCGUCAGUUGUAAGGGACACUAGCAAGGUAAAUAAUUAGAACGAUGAAAGGUGGUAUAGCAAAACCCGAUGUACCCGUUUGUACGAUACUUGUCUAGAUUAAACAAUAAUCGCCCUCUAAAACAACGGUUACACUUGCGUGUCGUUCUGUUUCACUUACUUAGUUUGAACUGAGAGGAAAGCCACAGGCGUCCCAUCGCCUUCAGAUUCAACCUAGUACAUACCCAUUUACGGCAUGAGUAGCAUGCAGCAGCGAAGAGCAGUAUGUCUGAAGUGAAUAUUGGAAUAAACGUAUUGUUUUUUGAUAAUACAACA